UUGGGUUUGGGGUUUUGGAAACCUUUUCUAAAAGUCGAUCUCCUCGCUCCGCCGUAUUUCUGAAGUGUGAAGCAGUGGUGGAGGCUGGUUGUGAGCAGAGGGGUGCCAGCCAAAAUGCAGCUCCUUAUCAGAUGUAACGGGAGGAUUUUCCUGGCUAUUUGUUUAAUCCUCUUUGUGGGAUACACAGCACAAGGUGCUCCGAUGCAGAGGGCAAGGUACAAGAGGGUGAGGUGCCGCCCUGACGCGUGGUCCGCCAACUGCAUCGAGGAGAAGGGGCCCUGGUUUUACCUUCCCACUGGUGGAGCCAACAGGAUCCUUCCUCCCAUGGCAGACCCGUCCCUGAUGAGGCGAUACCAGGAGCUGGGUGACAUAUUCCCUCUCUCAGACGAGGAUUCCGGCUCCGGGUCCAACACCAUGGUGGGAGCAGAGCCAGCC